AUGGAACACAGUUGGAUUGAAAGUAUUACCCGUGAUGCAGCCUUAAAUCAAGUAAAUGGUGAUUAUCUGAAAAGUGACUUAAGUAAUCCUGUAACAGAGUUGUGGGUGCAUCCUAGUGCAAUGGACGAUUUGAAAACGAUUUACAACAAUCAAAUCCUUACUGAUGUGGAACUCAAAACAAAAACUAAGUCAUUUCCUGCUCACAAGAUUAUACUCUGUGCUAGAUCCCCUGUCUUCAAAGCGAUGAUGACCAAUAACAUGAAAGAGAAAAACACCGACUACGUCCACAUCGAUGAUUUGGAAGACGAUACUGUGCAACAGCUACUGCUCUUUUUUUAUUCCGAUAAGCUUACAAACCUCCAGUGGGAAUCUGUUAUUAAACUGUAUUAUGCGGCCGAUAAAUAUCGGAUUGAGAAGCUGAAAUCUUUAUGUUCUUUCUUUUUGAUAGACAAUCUCGACACCUCCACUGCUAGUGAAUUGCUACUUCUUGCGGAUACCCAUAACGAUUCCAGUCUUCAGAAAGUUACUGAAAAUUUCAUUUUGGAUCACGAGGAAGAGGUGUUUGAUUCACAGGAAUGGGGAAAGUUGAUAGAAACAAAUCCCCAGUUAGUAAUAAAGAUGAUGCAUUUGAAGUAUUGGAGAAAUAACUAA